AUGGAGGUCGACGACGCGGCGCCGCGCGGCGGGGGCGGGGGCGGGGAGCCGCCCCGCAUCCGGCGGCUGGAGGAGUCGGUGGUGAACCGCAUCGCCGCGGGGGAGGUGAUCCAGCGGCCCUCGUCGGCGGUGAAGGAACUCGUCGAGAACAGCAUCGACGCCGACUCCUCCACCAUCUCCGUCACCGUCAAGGACGGGGGCCUCAAGCUCAUCCAGGUCUCGGACGACGGCCACGGCAUCCGGUGUGAGGACUUGCCAAUAUUGUGUGAGAGGCAUACUACCUCAAAGUUGUCUGCAUAUGAGGAUCUACAGACAAUAAAGUUCAUGGGGUUCGGAGGGGAGGCUUUGGCCAGUAUGACUUAUGUUGGCCAUGUUACCGUGACAACAAUAACAGAAGGCCAACUGCAUGGCUACAGAGUUUCUUAUAGGGAUGGAGUAAUGGAGAAUGACCCAAAGCCCUGUGCUGCGGUUAAAGGAACUCAAAUCAUGGUUGAAAAUUUAUUCUACAAUAUGGUAGCUCGUAGGAAAACACUGCAGAACUCCAAUGAUGACUAUCCAAAGAUAGUGGACUUCAUCAGUCGGUUUGCAGUCCAUCACAUCAAUGUGAACUUCUCUUGCAGAAAGCAUGGAGCCAAUAGAGCAGAUGUUCGUAGUGGGAGCACAUCUUCAAGGCUAUAGAUGCUAUCAGGAAUGUCUAUGGGGCUUCGGUUGU